AUGCCCCACAACAACCGCAUGCACAGUAGCGCGACGCUCAAGAUGACGGGCAUCUGGAAGAACACCAUCGGUUACGACCCGUACGCGGCCAAGGGCGAGCAGCAAGCUCGAGCAAGCCAAAGGUCUCAUGGCACUCGCCAAGCUCUCCAACAAGUCGAACGAUGUGCGCGGUGCCUGCAAAAAGGGCAACAAACCACGCCGUCCGUCAUCGCGCGGACGGAGCAGAAGCCGCAGUCCGAGCGAAGCCAAAGAGCGACCAAGAAACCGCUCAAAAAGUCGCAGUCGGAGCCGCAGUACAGGUCGACGUCGUCGAGAAAAAUCUCCAUCCAGAAGCCGCAGCUCGAGUCGUGGACGGAAUCGCAGCCGUGA